CAGGGUGACCUCCGGACGUCCAGCAUCUCUCCCAGUAAAGGCACCAUGUCACGAUUCAGCACUCUUUCGGCCCAGGAGAGGAAGAUGCAAGCGGCGGCCAUUUGCCGUGAAAUCCAAGGCAGUACCAAUGGGACAGGUGACACCAUGGACCUCGGCAAGAAGCUCUCGGUGCCUAAAGACAUCAUGCUGGAGGAGCUCUCUCUGCUUUCAAACCGGGGUUCACGACUCUUCAAGAUGCGCCAGCGCAGAUCGGAAAAAUACACCUUCGAAAGUAUCCAGAACGAAGCCAAUAUCAUUUACAACAAUGAAGAUCAAAUUAACGCUGAAAACGCAGAAAACAAAACUGCAUCCAAAACACCCCCCAACACCCCUGAUCCCAGAAACCCGGCCAACCCUGAUGAGAUCGCACCAGGUUACGGAGGCCCAUUGAAGGAUGUUCCUCCAGAGAGGUUCAACGCUACAGCACUUCCCAAAUCUUAUCACUCUCCCUGGGAGGAGGCCAUCAUCAACGACCCAACUCUGGCUGAUACCAUCAAUCUGAAGAUGCCCACUUUCGUGCCCAAAUCUGAUCUGCCUGAUUACAAGAGCUUCAACAGGGUGGCCACACCAUAUGGAGGGUUUGACAAAGCUCCUCGAGGGAUCUCCUUCAAAGUUCCAGAGAUCGACCUAAACCCCCCGAGGUACCCGGAGCUGCAGGACUCCACGUCCAAGCGACCCACCUUCAACCGUACUGCCCAGGGCUGGAUCUCCGAAGGCGUUCCCCUCAUUCUGCCCACAAUCCCUGUGGAACCACUGGACAUCCCGGAGUCUGAUGACCUGUAAACACAAAAAACACAAAAAAAUCCGCCUCCAACUCCAGAUGUUGCUCCAAAACGUGUUUCCUAAUGUCGAGGUCAAUCUGAUCAGAACAGAAACUGGUGUAAGAUUAGCACCAAAUUAAAAGUUACAGGCUCGUUGGUCAAUCACAAAUGGACUAGAAAUUUUAUUUAGCAUUAAUGUAGCAUUAAUAAUUUAGAUAGAAUAGAAUUUAGCAGAAUAUAUGACAGUGGAAACAGAAGAUAUAGAAAUAAUACUU